AGCUCCGAUUUCGGCAACCAGAUUGCCUUCCAUAUUCGCAUGAGCCUCAACCGCGAGACGAAAUGCCGCAAAGCAGAGAGCCAGCAAGUGAAGCUGGAGAACGAGGAGAUGGACGGCCCCUGGGAGCAGGUGGACGUUCGGGUGCCUCUGGAGGACUCGGGAGCCUCGGCGACGUGCCGCUCACCGACGUCGACGAGGCCUACGCUACAACGGAUACUGCCGCAGGGGAGACUGAUCGCUCACCAGGACACGAAGGGCAACAUCUUCUACACGGUCGAGGGCUCGAAGCUGGACAACAGCAAGAAGCGGAUGACGGACAUCUUCCUACUGGAGCACCUGCCGAAUUGGGAGAUGUGGUCCAGCAAGCCCCUCCGGCAGUGGACACAGUGCCGCCGCUGGGGGCGGGUCAUACAGAAGGUAUUUCUCAAGACGAUCGAUCACGUGAACUGGAAGCUGGACAAUCUCGGCCUACCUGUGCAGCUGCUACCAGAGAAGUACCCGACCUGGCCGACGGACCUCGAGCACCGUGCGAAGAUCGAGCAGAGUCCGCCGUGCACGAAGGCGAAGCAGCGCCCCCAGAAGUCAACAGCCGCGGCCGCGCGCGAGCAGAACCAAGAGCUGCGGGCCACCAUCGAGACCGCAAAGUCAGAUUUCUUGACCAAGUUUGCGGAGGCCAGGCCCCUGUGCAAGAUGUGGGGGUUGACCCAGUCGGGCAAGAAGGAGGUGGUCGACAAGCUCAUAGCGUACAUCAUCGAGCAGCGCGGCACGGCGGGAGCGACGAUCAAGACGGAGAAGGCGCCUACGACUGUGGGCCCGGCGAUCCAAGCUCACUACACGCAGAUGUGCCAGCACCCGGACUGCAAGCUAUGCCGAGGCAUCGCGAAGAACGAGCCGAUCGUGAAGGCGAAGCCCUACGGGUGGUGCCACCAGGACUCGAACCUCGGGAAGGUGUGCGACGAGAAGGGCUACCACUACGAGCGUCUCGGCCUGUUCAACGAGAACGACCUCAGCAAGCCGCAGGGUUACCACAAGGCGAAGUUCUUGCUGGACGAGAAGCGCCCGGAGCUCUUCGUCAGCACUCCACCCUGCGGGCCCUGGUCGAUAGUGCAGAACGUCAACCAGCGCGAUGACAGGCGGAGGGGGAACCUUCGCAGGAAGCGCCUCAAGAGCCAGCGGAUCUUCGAGAACAACAAGAGGCUCAUAGAGCACCAGGUGCUCAACCUGAACGGCUCGGCCCUCGCCGAGCAGCCACGCAACGGUCGGUCGUGGCAAAAGACCUGCUGGAAGGACCUCCACAAGAUCCUCCCCUACGAGGUGAUCGUGGACGGCUGCGCCUGCGGACUAAGAGCUCCCGACACAGGCGAGCUCAUGAAGAAGCGCUGGAAGUUUCUGACGAACGACAAGAGGAUCUGGGUAGCCCUACAGCCGCCACAAUGCCGUGGAGGACACUACCACGAGGAGAUUGAGAGCAGCUUGAGGACCGAGGCUUCGGGCUACUAUCCCAAGAUUCUGUGCCGCCGGAUCCUUCGGGCUCUGACUAAGAGCCAGAACCACAACUACUUCGAGGACGAGGUUGUGAAGUGCCUCUGCAUGGCAGCUACCCAGCAGCCACCGACGGAGCCUACGCCUGUGGAGGACGAGCCGUCGAUUCUACCUCAAGACGGCAAGGAGACCCACGACCUCACCAAAGAGACGAUCAAGAAAAUCGAGAGCUACAUCAGGCUGGUGCACACCAACCUUGGACAUCUACCUCGAGCUCAUUUACUACGAUACCUUCGUGACCGUGGUGCUCGCCCAGAGGUGCUACGACUGGCCAGGACAUUCAAGUGCGACAUCUGCGACGCGCACCGUCCACCGACGAAGCGGCCACCAGCCUCAUCAGCAGAGCAGCCGCAGAACGGUCACGAGGUUCUCUUCGACGCCUUCUCAUGGAUCCGUCGCAGCAAGAAGACGAACGUGAUGGCGCUGGCGAUCCUCGACGCCGGCUCAGACAUCCUCUACGUGCGACUGAUCGACGAGAAGGAGAUCCCGGGUACGACCCGACAAGUUCGUGCCGGCGACCUUCGACAUAUUUUUGCGACAAAGUGGUUUCCCUGGAUGGGACGUCCGAAGGUCAUGCGCUACGAUCCCGCUGGCAGCGCCAUCUCUAACGAGCUCCGCGAGUGGAUCGAGAGCCAGGGAGUCUACUGUCUUCCAUGCGCGGCCGACGCCCACUGGCAUAUCGGCAAGAUUGAGCGCGCGAUAGAAGUCUUCAAGGAGGCCCUCGACGCAUUCGACGAGAUGGUCUCAGUUGAAGUACCUACCAGCGAAAUGAUUGGACUCCAAACAGCUGCCAGGAACGACCUGAUCAGGAUCGACGGGUUCAGCCCACUUCAGCGCUAUGCUGGACGGACCCCGACGGGGACCACGGUUAAUCUGUCCGACGAGCCGAACAACCUGCCCCUCAUCAGCGCCGAGCUGCAGGAUGGCACCUUCAGCAGGGACGCCCAAGUUCGACGAAUGGCGCGGCUGGCUCACAUCCAGACCGAGAACUCCGACCGAGUCAAACGGGCGGAGGCCACGCGCUUCAGGGCCAACCUCGCUCCAUGCCUGGGCGAGGCCGCUGGUACGGACCUGGACGAGUACUCUGCCACGAGCCAUCGAGCUCUGGACACCGACCUGGCGAUGGACUCUCUACGCUCGCAUCGCGAGCAGCCGGGGACGUGGACCUUCGGCGACGUCGAGAAGCUGCUCGACCAGAAUGAGGUGAUCGACCUCUCGAACGAGUCCCCGCCCACUGGCGAGGACCUUGCCGCUGACGACGGCGAGUCUGUCAGCGCUCGCACCUUCGAGGGCAACGCGAGCGGGACCUGGGCCAUUCCUGAGGAAGCCGAGCUACCUGCAGAAGAGGAGAUCGUCAUGGAGGCCCCUCCCGACGACGGCCAAGCAGAGCGCACGUCUCAGCAGCCCAUUGCGGUGGACACGGACGACGACCUCGACGAGACUACGGCGCCCGAUGUGAACGAUAUGCGCCGGCUGCGGUCGCCUGGCUCAACUGAGCCACCUGGCAAGAAGCAGCGGAUCAACGUCGCGACCCAGGAGGCCUUCUCCUACUACCUGCAGGAAGGCGACUUCUACGGGGACUACGCCUACAGCGUCCAGCAGUACGACGAGAUGAAGGAGGACGACGAGCUCAUCGUGCUGGACAUCCCUGUCAGCAACGAGCACGCGUUCAUGGCCUACAUGGACGAUCCCAGCAACUUCGUGGCAUCACAGGCCCGGAAGGGCCGAGUGGAGGUCUCCUUCAAGAAGGCGACGCCUGAGGAAAAGAAGCUGCUAUUUGAGGCCCAGCAGAAGGAGUGCGCCUCCGUCCUCAGCACGAAGGCUGUCAGGAUCCUCAGCCGCAAGGGGAUCGACCCGGCGCGCCUGCUGCGCUGCCGCUUCGUGCUGACCUGGAAGAAGGACGAGCAAGGCAACGUGCUCCGAGGCAAGGGCGAGACUGACGAGGAGAAGAGGAAGAUCUACGCCGACCCGCCGAAAGAUGUUCGUCAGGCAUUCGGCAUGAAAGAUGACGAUGUACUACAAUUCCUCAAGCCUAUGUACGGGUUCGUACAUGCUCCUCGCAAGUGGUGGCUCCAUUUCAAGGACACGCUCAGGACGCUGAAGCUGGAGAUCGUGCAGUGCGAGCCUUGCGUCUGGGUCAUCCGAGACGGCAACAAGCUGGUUGGCAUGGUCAUCCUACACAUCGACGAUAUGAUGAUCGCCGGCGAUCACAACAACUCGGCCUUUUGCAAGAAGCGUCAGGAGAUUCAACAAGCUUUCGAAUGGACACCCUGGGAGAGCCGAGCGUUCGUGCAGUGCGGCAUCAGCAUUCGACAGAACGAGGAUUACACCUGCAGCCUCGCACAGGACAGCUACAGCCUGAACGUGGAGCCCAUCAAGAUACGACGUGGACGGAAACCCACGGAAGGAGUUUCAGACAAGGAGAGAUCAGACCUACGAGGCCGACUUGGUACAGUCGGAUGGCGAGCUCAGCAGUCGGCCCCGUGGCUCAGCGCAGAAGUCUCUCUACUUCAAGCGGAGAUACCUACGGCCACGGUCUCAACCAUCCAGAAGAUCAACAAGCUUAUCCGCACCAUGAAUGACACCGCCGACGUGGUCAUGCUCAUCCCGGCCAUUGAGCAGAUCGCCGUGGUUGGCUGGGGCGACGCAGCCUGGGCCGCCCGCAUCACCGGCGAGUCCCAAGGCGGAGAAAUCUGGCUCGACAGAGACGGUUGCGCCUAUCUCUUGGAGAUCAUGCAAGCUACCCAGAGUGGCCAGAAGCAGUACGAGUGCGGAGAUCAGUUACGUGCGACUAUUAUCUACGAGCUGGAGUGCGGUCAAGUGGACUACACCAACAAGCAGCACGUGAACGACGCCAUCUCAUCCUGCCCUGGCGUACUUGUCACAGACGGUAAGUCGGGCUACGACGCGAUCGAGAAGAGUGAGUCAGCUGGUCUCGGACUACGUGACAAGCGGACGAGCAUCGAGUGCCUGGGCAUUCGACAGCAGAAGGAGCAGACGGCCCUCCAGGUACGCUGGGUACACAGCGACGCCAUGUUAGCCGACGGGUUGACCAAGGAUCGUGCCGCCAACUUGCUGGAGUUCUUCAGAUCAGGCCAACGCUGGAGACUCGUGGACGACCCCCUUCACCGCAGCGCCCGGAAGCGCAAGACCGAGGGUUUGGACAAGCUCGACCAUGGCAAGCCGAUCUCGGAUGAUGACGAGAACGCUAUGCUGGAGGCCCUGAUCUACUACGCCCGCGACAGUUCCGACGAGCAGGAGAGCCCUGCUGGAGAUAUAGCCCUGUGGGGCAUGAUGAAGCCGCUCAC